GGACAAAUUACAGACAGCGCAAUGUGUAAAUCAUCAAGGUCAAUCAUCGCAUUGGUUCUAUUGAGAUUUUGGUUGGCCCCACGAGUGCUCCGGUUUAGCGUUGCUUCGCUUUACAGAGUGACGCGUACAUCCUAAAAUCUUACUGCUCAGUCGUUAUUCAAUACGUUAUUUUGUGUUAACCAUUAACAAAGUUUGGUUUUUAUGAAAUUUUUUAUAAACAACAUCCAACAUGACAGAACAACUAGACAUAACGUUUAACUAUGCCAGCACCAAAAUCGCACAAGGACUAGUAGAGCUUUCCAAAUAAUAUAAUAAUAAUAGUUGUUCUCUCAUGUUGUUGUCUAAACGUCCUCAAAUGGUCUACAUCACUACAUAAGUUUUUUACACUAAUAGAUAAGUGAAAUAACUCAAACCGACAACUUUUAGUUAUAAUGGAUGUUAACUCUCUACAAGUAAAUUUAGGUUUUCCAUGGGAAUCAUUAUUUUUGCAAGUGCUAGUGUAUAAGUUCCCAUUCAAGAACAGAUAUUAUAUGUAUGCAUACACCUCCUGUUCUAGAUUAAGUCUGUCAAUGCACUGAUAACGUUCAACGUUAUUCAGGAAAAUAAGUAUGUUAGACCCUACUUGGUGUUUAGAUGGACAUCCACGGAAAAGAUAAUCAACAAUAGUUGAGCGGAGUUUAACGAUGACCAUUAAUGAAUUGUUCCUCAAGUUUUAAAAUAGGAUACCUAACCCAUUAUUUUACCAUAGUUGAAUCCUCUUGGCUCCCCAAGUUGUGAUUAUCAGUUGUUAGUUUUAUGUUCAUCUGAAGCGCAGUUAUCCCUCCUUUAUUUCUGAGCUACCUUACCCAACCUCCUAUCAUCACCUUUCAAACUAUUGCAUAACUAAUACCUAAAGCUCUUGGCACCUGUGUUACUAAUUCAAGGUUUCUUUCUCACUUGACUUUACUUGGUAUGGUUGGUCUUUAGAAUGAUAAGUAACCAUUCACUAGUGAGUUUUGGUGAUAUACCUUCUCUGACGGUAUAAGUAACGAUACGUGACUAUUCUCUAAAACUAAAUGCGCAUGAUUAUUUUCGAAAAAUAAAACUAAAAUUGAGUAUUGGUGGAACAGUUCUUAAUUUUAGUCGAAGGAACCUCCCCAUUGAAACCAAACGCGUCUUUCAGUAACAUUCUCAGUAUUCUUCCACAAUGGGCGUUAUAAUAAUUAGACUUGGGACUUAUCGUUAUAAACUUAUUCGUGAUGAGCAUUAGUCGUAGGACCAGGCACAUAUAUGCGUCGGUCCAAGUUGCCAUACCUCGUUAUCGCAAUAAUAUGAACACCAAUCAUAACUUUGUGAACAAGGCAUCUAAUCGACGAAAUCUGUUCACGAACAUAAUAAGCUGAUUUUAUAUUUCCCAACUUACGCUAGACACUUUAAUUCCUCAUGCAGUAUUCAAGUCAAAUAGGAUAAGCGUCUGCUUUUAUUUAUAGACCGGCGACAGUUUUUUUUCGAUAUUUUAUCACUUAAUAAUGCUAUUUCAACCAAUUAUUGGUUAUUCCUGUUCACAGCAGUGUCAUGUCCAAGGGUUUCAUCGACAAACUUCGUAUUUUUGUCAGAGCUGGUAGUGGGGCUGCAGGUAGUCCACCAAUUAAAGGCCGGGGAGGGAAUGGUGGGAGUGUAUUUCUAGAAGCCGAUGAAAAUCAAACACUCCAAAAUCUGUUUAUGGCUAACCCGACGAAACGUUUCAUGGCUGGACAUGGAACAGAGGCAAGUAAACGUCGUGGUUUAGUUGCUGGUCUAGAUGGUGAAGAUUUGACUAUUCGUGUUCCUGCUGGAAUAACUGUAUUAUUUGGAGGUCAAGGGACAUCAUCAUCUAAUGGAUCAGAACAACGAAUACUUGGAAAUUUGGAUCAAGUCGGUCAAAAAUUACUUGUAGCACAAGGUGGUAUAGGUGGAUUUCACCAAAAUGGGUAUAUUGGCUCACCGGGUCAAGCUCACAGUAUCGUCUUAGACUUAAAGCUUAUGGCUGAUUACAGUUUGAUUGGAUUUCCUAACGCUGGUAAAUCCAGUUUAUUAAAAGCUUUAUCUGGUGCACCUGCAAAAAUUGCCAGUUAUCCUUUCACUACAAUCAAACCACAAGUUGCCAAAUGCAUAUACUCAGAUCAUCGUAAGAUAAGUAUAGCAGAUUUACCAGGUCUUGCUGAUAUUUAUGCUCAGUAUGAUGCACAAAUAAAUCAAAAUAACAAUGAUCAAUCUGAUUCAAAGGCAUCUUUACCGAGUUUAAGACAUACGAACUUUUUAAAACAUGUUGAACGUAGUUCAUGCAUACUUCUUGUGUUAGAUUCACUUGGAUUUUGUAAAGAUCAAUUUAGUUCUAGACGUAAUGCAUUAGCUGUUGCUUAUUUAGUUUUAAAUCAAAUGGAACGAUGGUCUAAUGGUUUACUUCUUGAAAAACCAAUGGCUUGUAUUUUGAAUAAAAUUGAUACUACCGGUGCAAUGGAUGAAGCUUUAGAAACAAAAUAUUGGCUUGAACGUAUGGAUUCAUCUGAAGCAAAACAACAUUCACAGCUUCCUCCGAAGUUGUUACCUAGUCUGACACCCAAAUUUGAAUCGAUCGAACUGGUCUCUGCUUUGCGUCACACAAAUAUACCCGAAUUGAAAGAGUCAUUGCGCAACUGGCUUGAUCAAAUUGAAUUAAGAAAGCGUAAAGACAACACAACUGUACAAAUAAAAUUACAACAAACAAAAGAAAAAAGAUUCCUAAGUGACAUCCAACCAACCUACUACUAAGGUCUUUUUUAUUCAUUUCUUUGGUUUCUUCUGUUUCAUAUCUGCACUACUUUCGUUACUUGUGUGUGCAUUUGAUUAACUGUAUAUAGAAAUGAAUUUUUGUAUUCCA